UGGAAAAUGAUGAUGAAGAUACUCAAAUAAUCAAAACGCAGGAACACAAAGCAACUCAAAUUAUCCAAAUGCAGGAACACAAAGCGACUCAAGUAGUACUGAGCCAGACACAUAAGGCGGUUCAGGUUUGCCAAAAGGCACAUAUCAGAAGUAGACAGGUGCAGGCCAAUGUACGAAGUAGAGAUGUAAUAACUUCACCAAUUAAAUUCAAUGUAUCAAUUGCUACAUCACCUUUAAAAUCUUUGGUUAAAAGCACCAUAAAACCAUCCACAUCUCAGUCAACUGCUUUAAGAAAAUUAGAUUUCCUAGAAGGAAACUGUGACAGUGAUACUUCAUGUGCACCAUCUUUAGCAGGGUCAGCAGUUGAACAAGACUAUUCUCCAUCUAAAACAAGCAUGUCCAAAACAACAUCAGACACGAGCUUACAAGCUGAACAUAAUAAACUUGAAAAGAUAAAUUUACAAAGUACACUGAGUAAAAUACUUAAUAAGCCUAAACUUUAUAUUGGUAUUACUAAAAAUCUAUAUUUUAUCAUAGAUUUAAUUAAAAAGCAUACAGAUAUCACUCUGCCCAACAUUUUAUUAUGUUUAAUGAAAAUUAAAUUGAAUAGGACUUUCUCUCAAUUAUCUGAUGAUUUUGAUUUAUCUGUGACUCAAGCCAGUAAUAUAUUUUUCAACAACAUGCCUCUUAUUGUUAAAGUCCUUUCACCAAUUGUCAAACAAUUUUCAAGUACAUCAAUAAAAAAAAACCUACCUAUAGCUUUUCGACACAGAUAUAACCAGGUUACAUGUAUCAUUGAUUGCUUGGAAAUAGAAAUCCAAAAACCUGCUAAGGCCAUGCAUCAAGCAUUAACAUGGUCAGAGUAUAAGAAAACAAAUACAAUAAAAUACCUUGUCUCAUGUACUCCUGAUGGACUAGUAAACUUUGUGUCAAAUGGUUAUGCAGGAAGGGUUAGCGAUGUAAACCUGUUAGAACAAAGUAAGUUUUUGGAAUGCUUGCAACCGGGUUCAUAUAUUUUAGCGGAUAGAGGAUUCAAAAGCAUAGAAUCAUUAUUGUCACAAAAAGGAUUUGCCCUGCUGAGGCCACCAAGUGUGCAUACUGGUACAAAAUUAUCCAAAAAAGAAGUAAAGCAGACCAAGCAAAUAGCCAGCCUUAGAAUACAUAUUGAGAGGGUAAUUAGAAGACUGCGCGAAUUUAGCAUCCUAAAAAUGCAUACAGUUGUUAAUUCUAAUUUAAUUGGUAUGUUAGAUUUAUGUAUUAAAACAGCAUGCGCAUUGAUAAAUCUGCAAGAUUCUUUAAUUAAAUAA